CGGCCCCGCCUCUCCUGGCCGGUACUGUUGUUGCCUCCCCUUCCCUCUUCCCCGUUCCCUGCCACCCUGAGCCAUUAGAAAGACCGGGGCUUUGAUUUUCUUGGACAAAUUGCCAUCUCCCCGUUUCCACAAACUUGACGUGGAGGGUCGGACUGCGUUGUUAACUUUGAUUUCCUAGACGCAAACGCCCGCAGACCCUCAACUGCUCUGUGGGGGGAACUCCGCUCCCACCUCGGAUCCUGGACAGACGCGCCCCCAAGCCCUCCGAAGCCAGCCUUAGCGCGAGGGAGCGCGCUCAAGCUCUGGCAGCCUCUCUCCCCUCCCCCUUCCUCUGCUGGCCCCGGGACCGCCAUCCGGCUUAACCCUAUAACCGGGUGCCCGCGGCGCUUGCCAGUAACUGACUCCUGUCUGCGACAUCCUCUUUCUCCCGAACAGGCCUCGAAGAGGCCAGUGUGGCCCCUCCGGACCCCGGAGGGCGCAUUCCAAGCGGGUACUCUCUCCGCAGUGAACCCGGAGCUCUGGGGGGAGGUCUUUGCGCAUGCCAGGUGCACAGACAGCGAGUUCCCCAGCCUCAGUGCCGGUGCGCCGCGGCGGGCCGGGCAGUGCCUGAAAGGCUGCGCCGCCUCCGCCCUCUUUACCUUCGCCUCAAGUACUGUCCGGACUCAGCGGUGCGUCCUCCAGGCCCCGCAGACACCGCCCGACCCGCAGCCCUGGGCGGCUGCGGACAGUCGCGCCUGGCUAACUUUGAAGGGGUAAAACUGAGUAGCCGGGCUGGAGGGAGGGGGCUCGGGGCCGCGCGGCGCUCCCUUGGCCCCUCGGAGCCCCCGGGGCCCCCGCGAGCCCCCGCCGCGUCCGCCGCAACCUCAGCAUUGGAGCCGCCGCGGGUGUCCCCCGCGCGCCGCCGGGCCGCCCUGGGCGGGACUCCUCCUGCGGCCUCCGGGGCCACGGGGCGCGCGCAACAGGCGGCCCGAGCCGGCGGGAAGCUGGAGCGCCGACGGCGUCGGUCUCGGAGGGGUGUGGAGAGGCGAGGCCAAGCAGAGCCCCGCGCAGCCAUGGAGUCGCUCCUGCUGCCGGUGCUGCUGCUGCUGGCCAUACUGUGGACGCAGGCUGCCGCCCUCAUUAACCUCAAGUACUCGGUAGAAGAGGAGCAGCGCGCCGGGACGGUGAUUGCCAACGUGGCCAAGGACGCGCGGGAGGCGGGCUUCGCGCUGGACCCCCGGCAAGCUUCAGCCUUUCGCGUGGUGUCCAACUCGGCUCCACACCUAGUGGACAUCAAUCCCAGCUCUGGCCUGCUGGUCACCAAGCAGAAGAUUGACCGUGACCUGCUGUGCCGCCAAAGCCCCAAGUGCAUCAUCUCGCUCGAAGUCAUGUCCAGCUCAAUGGAAAUCUGCGUGAUAAAGGUGGAGAUCAAGGACCUGAACGACAAUGCGCCUAGUUUCCCGGCAGCACAGAUCGAGCUGGAGAUCUCGGAGGCAGCCAGCCCUGGCACGCGCAUCCCGCUGGACAGCGCUUACGAUCCAGACUCAGGAAGCUUUGGCGUGCAGACUUACGAGCUCACGCCCAACGAGCUGUUCGGCCUGGAGAUCAAGACGCGCGGCGACGGCUCGCGCUUUGCCGAACUCGUGGUGGAAAAGAGCCUGGACCGCGAGACGCAGUCGCACUACAGCUUUCGAAUCACUGCGCUAGACGGUGGCGACCCGCCGCGCCUGGGCACCGUUGGCCUUAGUAUCAAGGUGACCGACUCCAAUGACAACAACCCGGUGUUUAGCGAGUCCACCUACACGGUGAGCGUGCCAGAAAACUCGCCUCCCAACACACCUGUCAUCCGCCUCAACGCCAGCGAUCCAGACGAGGGCACCAACGGCCAGGUGGUCUACUCCUUCUAUGGCUACGUCAACGACCGCACGCGCGAGCUGUUUCAGAUCGACCCGCACAGUGGCCUGGUCACUGUCACUGGCGCUUUAGACUACGAAGAGGGGCACGUGUACGAACUGGACGUGCAGGCUAAGGACUUGGGGCCCAAUUCUAUCCCGGCACACUGCAAGGUCACCGUCAGCGUGCUGGACACCAAUGACAAUCCGCCGGUCAUCAACCUGCUGUCAGUCAACAGUGAGCUUGUGGAGGUCAGCGAGAGCGCCCCCCCGGGCUACGUGAUCGCCUUGGUGCGGGUGUCUGAUCGCGACUCAGGCCUCAAUGGACGUGUGCAGUGCCGUUUGCUGGGCAAUGUGCCCUUUCGACUGCAGGAAUACGAGAGCUUCUCCACUAUUCUGGUGGACGGACGGCUGGACCGCGAGCAGCACGACCAAUACAACCUCACAAUUCAGGCACGCGACGGCGGCGUGCCCAUGCUGCAGAGUGCCAAGUCCUUUACCGUGCUCAUCACUGACGAAAAUGACAACCACCCGCACUUUUCCAAGCCCUACUACCAGGUCAUUGUGCAGGAGAACAACACGCCUGGCGCCUAUCUGCUCUCUGUGUCUGCUCGCGACCCCGACCUGGGUCUCAACGGCAGUGUCUCCUACCAGAUCGUGCCGUCGCAGGUGCGGGACAUGCCUGUCUUCACCUAUGUCUCCAUCAAUCCCAACUCAGGCGACAUCUAUGCGCUGCGAUCUUUUAACCACGAGCAGACCAAGGCGUUCGAAUUCAAGGUGCUGGCCAAAGACGGCGGCCUUCCCUCACUGCAAAGCAACGCUACGGUGCGGGUCAUCAUCCUCGACGUCAACGACAACACCCCGGUCAUCACAGCCCCACCUCUGAUUAACGGCACUGCGGAGGUCUACAUACCCCGCAACUCUGGCAUAGGCUACCUGGUGACUGUUGUCAAGGCAGAAGACUACGAUGAGGGCGAAAAUGGCCGAGUCACCUACGACAUGACCGAGGGCGACCGCGGCUUCUUUGAAAUAGACCAGGUCAAUGGCGAAGUCAGAACCACCCGCACCUUCGGGGAGAGCUCCAAGUCCUCCUAUGAGCUUAUCGUGGUGGCUCACGACCACGGCAAGACAUCUCUCUCUGCCUCUGCUCUCGUCCUAAUCUACUUGUCCCCUGCUCUCGAUGCCCAAGAGUCAAUGGGCUCUGUGAACUUGUCCUUGAUUUUCAUUAUUGCCCUGGGCUCCAUUGCGGGCAUCCUCUUUGUAACUAUGAUCUUCGUGGCAAUCAAGUGCAAGCGAGACAACAAAGAGAUCCGGACCUACAACUGCAGUAAUUGUUUAACCAUCACUUGUCUCCUCGGCUGUUUUAUAAAAGGACAAAACAGCAAGUGUCUGCAUUGCAUCUCGGUUUCUCCCAUUAGCGAGGAGCAAGACAAAAAGACAGAGGAGAAAGUGAGCCUAAGGGGAAAGAGAAUUGCUGAGUACUCCUAUGGGCAUCAAAAGAAAUCAAGCAAGAAGAAAAAAAUCAGUAAGAAUGACAUCCGCCUGGUACCCCGGGAUGUGGAGGAGACAGACAAGAUGAACGUUGUCAGUUGCUCUUCCCUGACCUCCUCCCUCAACUAUUUUGACUACCACCAGCAGACGCUGCCCCUGGGCUGCCGCCGCUCUGAGAGCACUUUCCUGAAUGUGGAGAACCAGAAUACCCGCAACACCAGUGCUAACCACAUCUACCAUCACUCUUUCAACAGCCAGGGGCCCCAGCAGCCUGACCUGAUUAUCAACGGUGUGCCUCUGCCUGAGACUGAAAACUAUUCUUUUGACUCCAACUACGUGAAUAGCCGAGCCCAUUUAAUCAAGAGCAGCUCCACCUUCAAGGACUUAGAGGGCAACAGCCUGAAGGAUAGUGGACAUGAGGAGAGUGACCAAACUGACAGUGAGCAUGAUGUCCAGCGGAGCCUGUAUUGUGAUACUGCUGUCAAUGAUGUGCUGAACACCAGUGUGACCUCCAUGGGAUCUCAGAUGCCUGAUCAUGAUCAGAAUGAAGGAUUUCAUUGCCGGGAAGAAUGCCGGAUUCUUGGCCACUCUGACAGGUGCUGGAUGCCCCGGAACCCCAUGCCCAUCCGUUCCAAGUCCCCUGAGCAUGUGAGGAACAUCAUCGCGCUGUCUAUUGAAGCUACUGCUGCUGAUGUUGAGGCUUAUGAUGACUGCGGCCCCACCAAACGGACUUUCGCAACCUUUGGGAAAGAUGUCAGUGACCACCCGGCUGAGGAGAGGCCUACCCUGAAAGGCAAGAGGACUGUCGAUGUGACCAUCUGCAGCCCCAAGGUCAACAGCGUUAUCCGGGAGGCAGGCAAUGGCUGUGAGGCGAUUAGCCCUGUCACCUCCCCCCUCCACCUCAAGAGCUCUCUGCCCACCAAGCCUUCCGUGUCUUACACCAUUGCCCUGGCUCCCCCGGCCCGUGAUCUGGAGCAGUAUGUCAACAAUGUCAACAAUGGCCCUACUCGUCCCUCUGAAGCUGAGCCCCGUGGAGCUGACAGCGAGAAAGUCAUGCAUGAGGUCAACCCCAUUCUGAAGGAAGGUCGCGACAAAGAGUCCCCUGGUGUGAAGCGUCUGAAGGAUAUCGUUCUCUAAACCAGUCUCCGGGAAGAGAAAGAAACCACACUGGCUAGUGAAGAAGCAGGAGCUUCUUGUUUUAAUUGCUCACCAAUGGUUGGUUCUUGAGUGGCUGUAUUUCAGAGCUUUUCCUAAAUGUAUUGUUUAUAGAUGACUAUCAUUCCGUGACAGUCCCUUGUUUCAACAGGCAGCAGGGGUGUUCAGUUGGAGCAAAUUAGCUUUGGCUUGAGUUGUUCGUGGGGCCUUGAUGUUGGGGGAACAGAGACAAAUUCAGUUGUGAAAAGUAUUAUGUAUUAAGUGUUUGAAUUUAUAUAUUUUUCUAUGUCAAAAUUAUAAUAUAAAUUACCAUUGUUUGUGGAGGAUUACAUUUAAAAAAGCAAAAAGUGAAAAAAAAAAAAGCUCUGGACACCUUUAGUAAGCUCGCCACUGUUUUUUGUAGUGUAGACAAAUUAAUGGUCAUUUAUUGUGUACUAUUCAUUGAUUCAGUGAUGUGAAAUUGAGCCCCCAAAAGGUUGUUUCUGAAGCUCGAGUACUUCCCAAUGCCGCUACUUUGCUGUGGACACCCCUGCUUUAAAAACCCUUUUGCUAGCUGUGCUAUUGUUGUAUUUGAUAUUGCAAAUUGCUAUGUGUGUGGUGAUGGCAAAAGGCUUUUAAAAGUUGGUGUUUUCUUUUUCUUAAAAAAAAAAUAAAACUACAGACAAAAACAAAGUGCAAACAACUGAGACAGCAAAUGAAUGAGCAACACCAUGCAUAUAGAUUGAGAACUUGGAGAAUACUCACGUUUUUUAACUCAUGUAGUGAUUGCUCACCACUUAGCAAAGUAUUUUUCCUGCCUUUCAGUGGUCUGCCCAGGUCCAUGAUAGAUCAUUGCAGAAAGUCAUUUUUGGAUAGGCUGCUAUCUAAUUUGCAGUUGUCAGAAAUACUGUGCUGAAAGUUUUAUGACAUCCAUCUUUUAAAUUUUCAGGCCCUGAACAGGAAAGUUGCUCCUGAAGUUAUGUUUCCAGGCUUAGAAAUUCCCUCUCUCCAAUCAUCUAAAACCGAAGAUGACUGAAUCUAUUUUAAGAUCUAAAUUAGCAUCUCUUCAGACACACACUUCCUGAUUCAGUGUUUCCCAAUCAUGAUUAGAAUUAGACUGCAAAGCACGUCAUGGGCUGGAAUUGAGAACUCCAUGUUGCUCUGUAUCUUAGGCUUAUACGUAGGGAUAGAGUAAGCAGUACAAAGUGUACAUUUUGGAAAAGACAGGUAACAGCAUCGCUAAUCCAAUUACUGUGCCUUCUAGACGGAGACACUCAGACACUUGAACUCGUCUUUUUAUGACUAAUACUUUUUUGAUUAAAAAUGUGAACAAGAAAAUAUUAAAAUAAAAAUCCUUUAGAUUUAGCCAACUCUUUUUGCUGUAGGCUAGGAAUACACCCUUUUUAAAUUAACACACUGUAGAUCCUUUUUUUCUCUUUUAACAUUCCUCUAACUCCCCCAUUUAUCUUUUGUUUAUUAAUAUUCACUAGCCAACAUAGUAUUUUUGCAGCCUAAGAGUUCAUUAUUUAAAAAUAAACUAAAGAAAUAUGUCACCUUUGUUCUGCCUUGGUCUUAAGAGAGUUGUUUCUAGAGAAACAAGUUUUAUGGUUCUGUUUUCAUUUGUUUCAUUUUUUGAAAUUCAGGAGUACACAGAGAGAAGGCCUAGAGGUUAGAGCACUAGAAUGCAAAAGAGGAUUUAUUUUCUUAAGUUUAGGUAGAUAAGUCAGCUCUUUUGAAUGUUUUACUUAUUUUUGCCUGAGUUCCUAGCUUUACACAUUACUAGGAAUAUUUUCUUUUAUGGGAGGGAGAAGGGUUUUGAGGGAGGGGGUGGGUAAGGCAGUAGGGAUGGGGUUAGGUAGGGGAGAACAUUUCUGAAAAAGAACGUAUAAUGAAGCUACAAAUCCAUCCUUAUUUCUUAUUCAGUGCUGAAUACUACCUCAUGCAAAAUAUUGGUGUGGCUGCAAAUUUCCCUCUGAAACUGACACAAUUAAGGAUGAAUUACCAUAACAUCUUCAUUUUUCCUCGUUUCAUUGCCUCUCAUACAGUUUUCUCCCUCUGAUUUAUUUCAUUUUGGUAGUGGAUUUUGAAUUAAGUAUUUAUUUCUCUUUGCAAGUGACUAUUUGAUUAACACAUUAAAAAAAUUUUAAAAAUUUCCCCUUUAAGUUAUGAUGGCUGCCUAUAGAAUUUAGACUGUUUCUCACCCUGAUCCAUCCUGAUAUUAUGUUAUUAGCUGCCAUUUCAAGGUCACUUUGCAGUCAGACUUCACAGUUUUCUACAGGUGUAUUUCUUGCUAUGUUCAGUGGGAACCAGGGAGCAGAAAAGACUGUGGAAAGUGGGAACAUUAAUUGUCACGUGGCUGUUGAGCCAGAGAGGCCACUGGCUGCCAUGCCUCUUACCAGCCAAGUUUUAAAUGGUUAGAGUGGCAUUGGCAUUGAUUUUGCUUUUCUCUUGGGUUUUCUUCAUUUCUUUUCAUAAUUCAUCUUCAAGCUAUAGAUCCAUCCUUCUUCCCUAUCCAAAUACUUUGUUCUCAGUGGGCAGUCAGAUUUUUUUGGCUUCCAAACCUCACUGAGCAUGUUCAGAGAAUUCCUCUCAUUAAGGAAAUAUUUUUCCCCACAAUUGUCUGAUGCAUGAGUCCUCUCAGAAGCACAAGUGCAUACUAGGAGGGCUUUGUAAACUGGUUUUGUAGGCAGGCUGUAUCUGCAAAUAGGCAUUCUGAGCAAGGAUCCUAAAUUUCCCUUUGGCUCAUGUCCCCCCCACCCCACCCCACCUUCUCCUUUUCGGUAUGUCUGGUGAAAAGCUACAAGGUCCACAGGGCCAAAUAUUCUUCCUUUUCGUUCUCUAAACAUGUUGCACACGUAAACUCAAGGGAGUGAUUUCGGUUCCUAAGUCCUAGGGAGUUCUAUUCCAUUUAUUCUGAUGUCCCUUUUAAGGAGGAGUUGGUGUUGAAGUGUGACAUGCUUUAAUGAUAACUGCUUUGGCAAUUCCCCAGACAGGUAUACUUCUUCAUCCAAAAUUGCACCUAAGGUGUUCAUUUAGACAAAUUUGUUCACUUAGUGAUCACUGAUCUCUAAUCAGAAAUAUUUUUAAAAAAUACAAUUUAGAUCUCUGAAAAUUGGAACCACUCAGAGUAUCAUCUUGAUAGUGUUACUUCAGCAUAUGACUGACUGAUUUUAUGCAGGGAGUUUAGCUGACUUUUCCCUAUAGCCCUAUCACAUUAAAAAAAGCAAAACAAAGUGGUCCACUUGAAGCAGCAAGGACAAAGGGCAGUUUAGGGAGAGGCAGGGUGAAGGGGAUAGCUCGAUUGGGCAUCCAGAGUGGAAAAGGAUUAUUAUUGUACAUAAUAGCAGUUCUGGCUGGAAUUCCAAUCCACUUUCUGGGGAUCAUUUUGAUGUUGAAUGUUCCCCCAAAGCAUUCUGACAAGUUUGGUCCACUUGGCUCUUUACCCCGGGUAGUAAGACCCUUAUUGACUUUGAAAAACUGGCAUAAGUGAGCUUAAGAAAUCCAUUGUAUACAGUCCUAGUGUUUGCCUUCUUGGUAAAAUUACAUUUAAGGAUGUCAUUUCAUGAGUCAAAUUGUAUCUGCUGACACUGAAGUGUAUUGAGAUGUUGUUCUUUAGUUUAAGUAUGUAACAAAGUAAUAUUCAAAGGGGAUGUGUGGGGGUGGGGCUGGGACCGGGUGGCUUUAUAUUGAUAAUGAAAUAUUCCAGAGCAAAACACAUUGUCCUAAUGAAGUUGUUGCAGCUCUCUUUGUUUUCUUGUGCCGCUGGAAUUGGCUUGUGGGUCACUUGUUGUGCAAAAGUGAAUUAAUUUCAAAUAGGAAUCAUAUUGCUUUUGUGAAACAAAGAAAAUUUACCACCUUGUCUGAUAUAUAGAUUGGAAGGCGCUCUUGGUAAAGAAUAACCCACAAACAGCUGAUCUUGAUUGGAAAGCAUUGUAGGUCAUUAGGGAAAACUGACGAUGCUGACUGUUGCUCCAGCUGUGUUGGCAAUUCAAGAUGACCUUGUUACUAACUGAAAGUUGCUGUCAACCUUAGCAAACAAACCAGCUAACACCAUUACAGCACUGGUUAAGUAGAUUUUUACUGGCACUGGCUGGCGUUCAGCUGAGGAAGGCUAGGAUACAGACUUUAAUGACCAAGAGCCAGACUAGCUUGAGCUAGAAAUCAGCAACAAAUACCUCCUUGUGCUAUUUGAAUGCUAAGGUAUUAGUUGCAAAAGGCUUACGCCUUCGCUCCUCUAGUGAGGGGAAUGAGCCUGAUGACACUAUUACUGUUUACCUGUCAAACCAGGGUGGAAAUUUAGAGGGAUGCAAGUACAGUAUGUCUCAUUAAGCAGUCUCUGUUGCUGAUUAUAUGAAGAUGAAAUUGUUGUAUAUGCUGAUCUGUAUGUUAUGUACAUUUUCACAGUGACUGAAUCAUUGUAAAAAGAAAAAAGACAAAAAAGAAUCACCACUGUCUAUUUUAUGAAGAUGAUAAAGCAGCUUUAUUAAAUUAUUACAGUUAUGUUUCAAAUGGUGUUAUCUGCCACAUUGUUUCCUUUUAUCUGGUGGUUCUCUGUUUCCCCCUUUAAAUGUGUUUUCUCUGCUUCAAAAAUUUAAUGCAUUUUAGUAUUAAAGGCUAUUAUGGAAAAAUUA